AAUAACAACAUGGCGGCGCUCUGUAGAUGCAGACACCGGUGGAAGAGGAAUAACUGUUUACACGUUUUAACUAGAAACCUGACAGGGAAGUAUGACUACGACCUGGUGGUGAUUGGAGGCGGUUCAGGAGGGCUUGCCUGUUCCAAAGAAGCGGCACAGUUGGGACAGAAGGUUGCUGUUUUAGAUUAUGUGGAGCCAACUGCUAAAGGUACCAAGUGGGGUCUCGGUGGUACGUGUGUUAAUGUCGGCUGCAUUCCUAAGAAGCUCAUGCAUCAGGCCGCUCUCCUCGGCACGGCGGUGAAAGAUGCUCAGAAGUACGGCUGGCAGAUCUCAGGGCCAAUCUGCCACGACUGGGCCACCAUGGCAGACGCUGUUCAAAACCACGUGAGGUCUCUGAACUGGGGUCACAGAGUUCAGCUCCAGGACAAGAAGGUGAAGUAUCUGAACCUCAGAGGGAGUCUGCUGGAUGAACACACCGUUAGAGGACUGACUAAAGCUGGGAAAGAGACCCUCCUGACGGCCAAGAACAUUGUGAUCGCCACAGGAGGACGGCCCAAAUACCCCACAAAUAUCCCAGGAGCGAUGGAGCACGGCAUGACCAGUGACGACAUCUUCUGGAUGAAAACAUCCCCUGGGAAAACGCUUGUGGUUGGAGCUAGCUAUGUGGCUCUGGAGUGUGCCGGCUUCCUCACAGGCAUUGGAUUGGACGCCACAGUGAUGGUCCGCAGCAUCGCCCUCCGGGGGUUUGAUCAGCAAAUGGCAGGUCUAGUGACGGACUACAUGGAAGCAUAUGGGACCAAGUUUGUGAAGGAGUGUGUCCCUAAGAGAGUGGACAAGCUGUCCUCAGGAGCUCUGCAGGUGACCUGGACCGACACACACACAGGCAGCGAACACAAGGACACCUACGACUCUGUGCUGUGGGCAGUUGGCAGAGCCCCUGAAACCAAAGCUCUGGGUCUGGACAAGCUGGGCGUCCAACUCAAAAAGGAGUCGGGGAAAAUCAUCGUGGGUGCUGAUGAAUCCACCUCGGUGCCAAACAUCUUCGCUUUCGGUGACAUCGGGGAGGGUCGUCCUGAAUUGACCCCGACGGCCGUUAAAGCGGGAAAGCUUCUCGCCCGCAGACUGGCCGGUCACGGCACGGAACUCAUGAACUACGACAAUGUGGCCACCACAGUGUUCACCCCCCUGGAGUACGGCUGUGUGGGUCUCUCUGAGGAAGAGGCUGAGGAGAGGCAUGGGAAAGACGGCAUCGAGGUCUACCAUGCUUUCUACAAGCCUCUGGAGUUCUCUGUUGCAGAGCGCGAUGCCAGCCAGUGUUACUUAAAGGUGGUGUGUGAGCGGGGGGGAGACCAGAAGAUCCUGGGUCUGCACUUCACCGGUCCGAACGCAGGAGAGGUCACACAGGGCUUCGCUUUGGGCCUCCAGUGUUGGAGGCGUACAUAUUGCCACGGCUGCAGGACGGUCGGCAUCCACCCGACCUGCGCCGAGGAGCUGACCAAGGUCAACAUCACCAAGCGCUCCGGUCUGGACGCCACGGUUAUCGGGCCUGCUGAGGUUAAGCUCCUCGGCUUCUGAACAGUAAGAGCUCACAGGGUCCUCUGUUAGCCUCCUCUCUCCUCCUCUUCCUCUUCCUCUUCCUCUUCCUCCUUUUGAAAUGGUUCACAUUCCCCUCUCUGAAACAGCGUCUCCUCGUAGGCCAGAUCAUAACACAGGUUAGUGUCACCAACACAUCAUGUGAACACCAUGAUUAUCCCAUGGUACAAGUGUUACUGAGGGUUACAGAUCAGGUUAGUGAGAGCCGUGUCUUUAAAAUAAACAGUCUCAUCAAUCAGGAUUAAAGCUGAACUCGUACGAGAACCGAACUCUUAACGUUUUCUUCUGAAUAUAUAUUCUGCAAAUAUUGUUGUUUCUCCGGCUGUACUUCCUGUCCAUUAGUCUUGGAGGUGACACAUACCAUACACCCCCGCAACCCCACCCCCCGUGACACUGAUGGAUGGCCCCAGGGCCGCAGCGACCCCGCCCCAUUUCCCAUGGACACACACAAACAGUCGCUGGGCCGCCUGUCACUCAGACGCCCCAGACCUGGUCAGGGAGCCACGGCUUGAGACUCCUCCCUUUUCCUCUAGUGCCCUUAACCAUCCCUAUACACAAAAUAAUAGAGUGGGACUCCACACAUGAGCUGUCAAAAGCUGCGUGAACUCUACCUGUUGAUAACAGAGCUCUGUACUACCCAGACUCACCCAAAGGUGGCACUGUUGCCCUCCAAUUCCCCCCUUGUUUUCUCAACCAGGAAUAGAAGACAGUAGAAAGUAGAAACUGGAUAAACCUUACGCCUGAAUACAUUCAGGUUGCACAUUUAAUCCCUUUAAUCCCUUGGAGAAAAAAAAAAGAUAUGUUGAAGAAAAGCACUGUGGCUUUAUUGGUGCCAAACUGAUAAGGGCUAUCUGUUGUGUAUUUACAUGGAUGGCAGGUUGGGCCUAAAGAGUCAUCACCCUUGUAGAUAAGGUGAGUUGUUUAUAUCAAUAAAGCAGUAAUAGGCCCCCACAGUUUGCACAAAUGUUGAACCUGAUGGAUAUGCAUGACAUCUUGGGUUUAUUAAGUAGAAUGAGGAGGAGGAGGGGGAGGGCUGUCAAUAACGUGGGUUGCUGCAGAAAUCGAGGAGGCCGCCGAGGGGCGUCGUUUAUUUUUAUUUGAAGUCUAAUCUGCCCGGUCUGAUUAAUGAUUUCGAUGAGGGGAGUGACAGUGUGCCAGGAGAUGGAGAGAGGAGGAACAGGAGAGAGGGAGAGGUACCAUGGUUUAUUUGGGCCAGAGGAGAGAGAGCUGAGGAGGGAGGAGAGGUUUUGGGGGGGGAUUCCUGUGUGCUCUGUUCAGGGCCGAGGUGCUGACUGAAGGACCCUGACCUCCGCUCAGCAGGAACAGCUUGACUCUAUCACUCGGAGUGGAGGUGGAGGUGGAGGGGGGGGGGGGGAUGGUGGCUAUGGGAAGGACGGAGCCAACCAACACAAGACGGAGCGGUAGCAGCGUGUUUGCCCAGGGUAAUUGAGUCUGUGUUCCCGUGCUUAACGAGCCACUUCAGAGACCCUGGGGUGGGCACAGGCAACACGAGGGAAGUGAUCGAGGCCAUCGGAGUAACUGUAAUGUCUGUUUGCUUUUUACCCUCCACUUCCCCUCUGUGUUUUCUCACAGCUCGACGCACAGUAUAGGGGAAAAACUGAAACCGUUGACUUGAAUUAAAUGUAUUAUGUCAACAGACUUCACAUUACUGUAGUAGGUUAGUUGGAAGCAAUGAUAUUACGUUUUAAAUUAAUAAUAUUAGUCAACUUAAUAUUAUUGCUUUCAACUAACCUAAUACAUUUGGAAGACAUAAUUCAUUUAAUUAAAGUCAACAUUUCAGUUUUUCCCUGCUCACACGCACAAAAUGAACCAGUUUUAUUUAUGAUAUUGUCUUCUUUGAAUGAUAUUUGUCAUUGUAGUCACUCCAGGUCCGAGAUAUGAGCAGUUAGCCUCCGCUGUGCACCAUGGGGCGGGGGGUCAGGGUUCAACUUUCAGGGCGGCCAGCUAAUGAUGGCCUGCACUAAAACCCAAACCUGGGGAGUGCAGGCCUGAUGUCACAUGACCGCCAACUUAACUAGGUGUACAUAGAGAUGUGUAAUUUUCCAUUAAAGCUUUUGGUAUGCAUGUAUAUGUAAAAUAAUGUGACUUUGGAAUGCAGAGUGUCUAUUAAAGUAAUGAUGUCCACUGA